CUGUUGUUCUGUGAGUGUGAUGCUGGUCAGACAGACCCAGGCGCAGACCUCCAAACCUUGCGCAUCUCCUCUCAGACCCUGAGUACCCUGGAGAGCCUAGCCAUCUCCCCCCAGAAACUCUCACUGCAGCCACCGCGCACCUCCCGCAGUGACAUGUACCCUGAGGAGACCCGUGGAGGUGGAGGGGCAGCCGCCAUCGACUACCUGGAGGGAGUGUAUGACUACACUGCCCCUGCCCCAGGCCCGGCCCCCUUCUACAGCUCCUCCACCGCCCAUGGACCCACCUCGGACGGCAGCCUGCAGUCCCUGGGCAGCAGCCCCACCAGCCCCCUUGUGUUUGUGCCCUCCACUCCCCAGCUCAGCACCUUCCUCCACCCCCCCAGCCACACCAGCCUCUCCAGCCAGUCCUUCUACCUGGAGACCUCCCCCACACCCGUAUACAGGUGAGUGAUAUAACUGUCUUUGACCCUUAUGGGGGGCAAGAGUUCAAUAUCUGCCUAAAUGUGUGUGGCUCUGAUAUCUUUACUGUAUGUAGGUGAUGUGUGGGAGAGAGUGAGAUCAGUGACCCCAUUCCACUCCAUUUGAUCUGAAUGUUCGUUAGUUAGUGUUAACUCUUGUGAUGUUAGUUUGCUCAGUGUUAUUUGGACAGUGUGUCACUGACUAUUUAGCAUCGUUCAACAGCUGCUGUGUCCCUGUGAGUUUUUUUCACCAGACCACUGAUUAUGUAAUUGUCACAGAGCAUUUCAAUAAAGACAUGUCAUUUUCUGUCCCAUAUGAUAUGGUUGCUUGGAGAGAAAUAUAAUGAUAGCCUACAUUGAGUGACAUAGAUUGAGUUUAGUUUUUGGCUUUUUCUUAUUGUUCGCUUCAUUUAUUUGACUGUCCUUAUUACACAUUAACAGUAACAUGUAUUUCAGUCUUCCUGUGAUCACAUUUUGUUAUUUGGCUCAGUGUACUUUUGUUUCUCUAGCAUCCUCUUUUUAGUAGUCGGACCAACAAAGAAUGACAGUCAGACAAAAUAAAUACUGUAAAACUAAACAUAUACUCAGGACUUAGUUUCAUAACACCUUUUCAACAAAGUUUAGUCCUCAAAGUGGGGUAUUAUGCUCAUUAUAUCAUUAUAUGUGACAGUACUGUACUGUACUAGGUUAUCUUCAGUAAAUGUAAAACAUUCAUUAUCAGAAGGGAAAUAUUUAGGCUGUUGAGACCGUUUAUAAAGCCUUAGCCACGGAGCUCUAAUUCCUCAGAUGAACGACUUUGCUGGAGACCUUCAGAAAAGAACAAUAUGUAAGAACAACAAAGGUACUCACGUACAGUUCAUUUCCUGAAUGAGGUGGAGACAGAUCUAGUUCCUGGGGGGAUAGUAGAUUAAUCCAAGCUGCUGCUGUUAGCUAUAAUUGGCUUGAGGGUGAGGGGCUCAAUGGUGUUGUCAACCUCAACAAGACGGAGCUGCUAUUCCUCCUGGGGAAGGCCUGCCCGCUCCAAGACUAGGGCUGUGGUGGUCACGAAAUUUCAUCAGCCAGUGAUUGUCAAGCAAAUAACUGUCGGUCUCACGGUAAUUCACCUGCAAUUAACAUUUAGCAUCUCCUGGCUUCCACACAUAGACUUCAAGCCAUUUAAAAAAGUAUAAUAAAUCCAUGUAAUAUAGCCUACACAUUCACAAUAAAUCCAUUAUUUAUUUUAGACAGGUCUAAAGAAGCAUGAUAUGAAGAAAAUGUAGUCUAUUUCAGAAGAAAAGAAUAGCAUACUCUGAGUUGUCCUUAUUUUAGGUCCUGAUAUGGCUAUGCCAAAUGGCUGUGGGCUACACUAGUUCAUUUAGCAGACAAGAUUUGCUUAUAAUUCUGUGGCAUUAUUUUAUAUUAUUUUAUACAAUUAUCAUUCCCCAAAAUUGAAACUCACGCGCUGCUUAUAUAUGCCAGUUAGACUCUACACCCCUUGUAAAGCGGAUUAAUGUGCUUAAUUUUAAGAAGUUAUUUGGCCACUUUAGUUUUGAUACAAACCUUAUUUAAAAAUGUAGGCCUAUGAGCUAGGCUACAUGAGGUGUGUGACUAUGAUUCGAACAAGUCACAAAAAAAGGCAUUGUUUCUUAUGGUGAGCAUCAUUCACAAGUGAUAAUAUGUCAUUCACAAAUGAUAGGCUAAUAUUGUCACCCAUCAGACUAUUCUUGAUUUAGUCUUGUCUUAACAUAUACUAAAUAAAAUAUGUGUGAAAUUUGUUUUGAUUUAGAAUGCACCAUUUUCACGCACCUGUAUCGAAACAGGCAGUGGGAAAAAAUACAUGUCAUAGUGAUGAGUGUGAUUAGAAGGAGUCAGGCGCAGGAGGGUAAAUCACAGAAUACAGAGUUUAUUCCGUUGUACUACAGCAGCGCGCCGACCCCGGCCCCCGCACCUCAGACUCCUGGAGCAGACCAGCCACUACCGGCCUGAGGAGAGACACAUGAAACAAGGGGUUAAUACGGUAAAUCAGGGGGAAGAAAUAACCUAUAGGUGACCUCGUUGAUUCUCCUCAGGACUUUGAACGGCCCCACAAACCGUAGGCUCAGCUUUCGGCAGGGCAGGCAGAGGGGCAGAUUCCGGGACGAGAGCCAAAUCCGCUCCCCCGGUAUGAAGACCAGGGCCUCACUGCGGUGGUGGUCAGCGUUGGCCUUCUGACGAUGCACGGCGCGUUGGAGGUGAACGUGGGCAGCAUCCCACGUCUCCUCCACGCACCGAAACCAGUCAUCCACCGCACGAGCCUCGGUCUGGCUCUGGUGCCACGGUGCCAGAACCGGUUGGUAACCUAAAACACAUUGGAAUCGCGUUAGGUUAGUAGAGGAGUGGCGGAGAGAGUUCUGGGCAUAUUCUGCCCAUGGCAAGAACACCGACCACUACCCCGGCCUGUCCUGGCAGUAGGACCGCAGGAACCUACCCACAUCCUGAUUUACCCGUUCCACCUGCCCAUUAGACUCGGGGUGGGACCCAGAGGUCAGGCUGACCGAGACCCCCAGACGUUCCAUAAAUGCCUUCUAGACCUUGGAUGUGAACUGGGGACCUCGGUCAGACACUAUAUCAGUUUGCAGAGCUGUGGAGAGACCGGGCAGAGGAAGGAGGUGGCAGGCCUUGGAAAAGCGGUCCACAACGACCAGGAUGGUGGUGUUAUCUUGGGAGAGGGGAAGAUCAGUCAGGAAAUCAACACUUAGGUGAGACCAUGGUCGUUCUGGAACUGAUAAAGGUUGUAACUUACCCACUGGGAGGUGCCUAGGUGCCUUACUCUGGGCGCACACCGAGCAGGAGGAGACAUACACCCUCACAUCCUUAGCCAAGGUAGGCCACCAGUACUUUUGGGUCAGGCAGCGCACUGUACGACCGAUACCUUGGUGACCAGAGGAAGGGUGACGAAUGUGCCCAGUAGAUCAGCCGAUCAUGGACAAGAGCAGGCACGUACCGCAGCCCAGCUGGACACUGAAGUGGAGAUGGAUCUGUGCGUAAUGCCUGCUCUAUAUCCGUGUCCAUUGGCCAUACUACCGGCGCAACAAUGCAGGAGGCCGGGAGUAUGGGGGUGUUGUCUCUGGGCCUCUCCUCUGUGUCAUACAGCCAUGACAAUGCGUCUGCCUUCACGUUCUUCGUACCUGGGAUGUAUGACAGUGUAAAAUCGAACCAGGUGAAGAAUAGGUUCCACCUGGCCUGGCGAGGAUUCAACCUCCUCGCUGCCCGGAUGUACUCCAGGUUACGGUGGUCCGUCCAGACGAGGAAAGGGUGUUUCGCCCCUUCGAGCCAAUGCCUCCACACGGUCAAGGCUCGGACAACAGCCAACAGCUCCCGAUCACCAACGUCGUAGUUCUGCUCCGCCGGGCUGAGCUUCUUAGAGAAGAAGGCACAGGGGCAGAGCUUGGGUGGCGUGCCCGAGCGUUGAGACAGGACAGCACCUAUCCCUACCUCGGACGCAUCCACCUCCACUACGAACGGUAGUGAUGGAUCGGGGUGGGCCAGUACUGGGGCUGAGGUGAACAGACCCCGCAGUUUGCUGAAGGCCAGGUCAGCCUCAGCAGACCAGCGGAACCGGUACGGCCCACCCUUCAACAGGGAUGUAAUCGGAGCUGCGACCUUGCCAAGGCCCCAGAUAAACCUCCGGUAGUAUUUGGCAAAGCCAAGGAAGCGCUGCACCUCCUUAACCGUGGUUGGAGUCUGCCAAUUACCACGGCUGAAAUGCGAUCUCCCUCCAUCUCUACACCUGAGGUGGUAAUGCGGUAUCUGAGGAAGGAGACGGACUGCUGGAAAAACAUACACUUCUCUGCCUUGGCAUGAAGGUCAUUUUCCAACAGUCGGGCCAGCACUUUGCGAACCAGGGACACAUGCUCGGCACGCGUAGUGGAAUACACCAGAAUGUCAUCGAUGUAGACCACUACACGGCGACCAAGCAUGUCCCGAAACACCUCGUUCACAAAGGACUGGAAGACGGAUGGAGCAUUCAUCAAACGGUAGGGCAUCACCAGGUAUUCAUAAUGCCCCAUGGUUGUGCUGAAUGCUUUCUUCCACUAAUCCCCCUCUCGGAUAUGCACCAGGUUGUACGCACUCCUGAGAUCUAAUUUGGUGAAGAAGCGUGCCCCAUGCAUUGACUCGAUCACUGACGGAAUGAGGGGGAGAGGAUAACUAAAUCUGAUCGUCUCCUUGUUCAGUGGUCGAUAAUCAAUGCACGGGCGCAGACCGCCGUCUUUCUUCUUCACAAAGAAGAAACUCGAGGAGGCGGGUGAAGUGGAGGGACGUAUAUACCCCUGGCGCAGGGACUCUGUGACAUAUGUUUCCAUAGCCGCCGUUUCAGCCUGCGACAGGGGGUAUACAUGACUCCUGGGAGGUACAGCGUCUACCCGGAGGUUUAUUGCGCAAUCCCCCGCCCGAUGAGGUGGUAACUGGGUAGCCUGCGUUUUUGAAAACGCGUGUGCCAAAUCGAGGUAUUCGGGGAGAAUGUGCACGGUGGAUGUACUGUCUGGACUUUCCACCGUGGUUGCACCAAUGGAAACACCUAGACACCUACCCUGACACUCUCGCGACCACCCCGUGAGAACCCUCUGCGGCCAUGAGAAGGUGGGGUUGUGGAGUGCUAACCAAGGGAUACCUAAUAUCACAGGGAAAGCAGGGGACUCAAUAAUUUUAAAAAAUGAUCUUUUCAGUCUUCUGGGUAAUCAUGGUGACUGGUGCAGUAACUUCCUGAACAAACCCGGACCCUAAUGGUUGACUGUCAAGUGCUCUGAUGGGGAGUGGAAUGGAUAGGGGAACCAAUGAAAUGCCUAGAUGGCGUGAGAAUGCCCAUAAAGUUCCCAGCUGAGCCUGAAUCGACUAGCGUCUUACACUGGGGAACUACCAUGUGAUCGGGAAAGUAGAUAGGUAGGGUACAGUGCGCAGCAGAGGGCUCUGAACAAGUGUGGGUCUUCGAUACCUGGGGUGAUGCGAGAGUGCCCUGCCUGCCGCCUCCAGACCCAAAAGAGCGUUGACGACAACGUGUGGUGUACUGUCCCUUAGUGCCACCAGAGUGGCACUGUCGCUGUCGUCCUCCACUCUCUCGGACGGCGGCUCCACCCAGCUCCAUCAGCUCAGGCUCCAAGUCGGCCGGGGUGGGAACGGGCAGACCCCUUCCAGGACGUCCUCUGGCUGCCAGCAGGUUGUCCAAACGGAUGGCCAUGUCACCAGUUGCGUGAAGGACAACAUGGUGUCCCGGCAGGCUAGCUCCCGUCGGACGUCCUCCCGCAGAUGGCACCGGAAAUGGUCGAUCAGGGCCCGCUCGUUCCACCCGGACCCCGCUGCAAGAGUCCGAAUCUCCAACGCAAAGUCCUGCGCGGUCCUCGUCCCCUGCCUCAGGUGGACCAGCCACUCGCCCGCCUCUCGACCCUCGGGCGGGUGAUCAAAGACCGCCCGAAAGAGGCGAGUGAACUCCCCCUAGUUCUCCAACGCGGCUCCUCCUUCGUUCCAAACCGUAUUGGCCCACUCCAGGGCUUUCCCCGAGAGGCAGGAAACAAGGACUUACACCUUCUCCUGCUCCGAUGGGGCCGGCCUGAUGCUGGAGAAGUAGAGCUCCAGUUGGAGGAGGAAUCCUUUUCAGAGCGCCGCCAUCCCGUCAAACUCCCGUGGUCGGCAUAUCUGGAUCCCUCCGGGUGCUGGGGUAUGGGUGGCUGGAUCCGGUUGGCCAGCUGGUCUCGACAGAUUGGGUCCUUUCCUCUCCAGGUGUUGGACGACCUGAAGAACCCGAUCCAUCGCUUCCCCCAAGCUGGCCAGCAUCGUGGAAUGCUCCUGGACCCGUGCCACGACUCCAGGCAUGUGCUCCUCUCCCGCUGACUCUAUAGCGAGAGGUGGGUGAUUCUGUGAUGAGUGUGAUUAGAAGGAGAGGCACAGGAGGGUAAAUCACCGAAUACAGAGUUUAUUCCGUCGUAAAUAGUUGCGCUGGAUAGCGACCACAAAAUACAGGCACAUGGGAACAAUCUACCCUGGCAAUACAAGGUACGGGUAGCUCCAACAAAAUACAGGCACGGGGGAAAUAUCUACCCCGGCAAUACAAGGUAUGAGUAGCUCCACUGAGCUACACUCAACUCACAUAAAACAAUUACCCACAAGGACAAGGGGGCAGAGGGAACACUUAUACACGGACUAAUGAGGGGAUAUGAACCAGGUGUGUGUAAUUGACACAAGACAAGACAAAUGGAAUGAUGAUAUAUGGAGCGGCAGUGGCUAGUAAGCCGGUGACGACGAACGCCAAAGCCUGCCAGAACAAGGAGGGGAGGCAGCCUCGGCGGAAGUCGUGACAGUCAUCUAUGUACUUAAAUAGCGAAUGGAGGACGCUUUUCCCCGUGGUUUAUUUUCAUGCCAGCCAGGUAUGUUAUACUCCUUUUGUAAACAUAAGCAAUGUGCUUAAUAUUAGGAAAGUUGAGAAAUAAAUAUAGUAGGCCUAGCCUAUAGAAAGCUGAUGGGAUCCUCCUCUUUUUAAUAGCGGCCAUCACUCUGUUUUCUCCCGCAAUUGCAUAGCCUAUAGAAAUGUUGCGCAACAUCAGUUCAUGGGCUGUCAUGAAGUGUUUGAUUAGAUUUUUGAAUACAUUUACAGUGAGGGAAAAAAGUAUUUGAUCCCCUGCUGAUUUUGUACGUUUGCCCACUGACAAAGACAUGAUCAGUCUAUAAUUUUAAUGGUAGGUUUAUUUGAACAGUGAGAAACAGAAUAACAACAACAAAAAUCCAUAAAAACGCAUGUUAAAAAUGUUAUAAAUUGAUUAGCAUUUUAAUGAGGGAAAUAAGUAUUUGACCCCUCUGCAAAACAUGACUUAGUACUUGGUGGCAAAACCCUUGUUGGCAAUCACAGAGGUCAGACGUUUCUUGUAGUUGGCCACCAGGUUUGCACACAUCUCAGGAGGGAUUUUGCAGAUCUUCUCCAAGUCAUUAAGGUUUCGAGGCUGACGUUUGGCAACUCAAACCUUCAGCUCCCUCCACAGAUUUUCUAUGGGAUUAAGGUCUGGAGACUGGCCUGUCCACUCCAGGACCUUAAUGUGCUUCUUCUUGAGCCACUCCUUUGUUGCCUUGGCCGUGUGUUUUGGGUCAUUGUCAUGCUGGAAUACCCAUCCACGACCCAUUUUCAAUGCCCUGGCUGAGGGAAGGAGGUUAUCACCCAAGAUUUGACGGUACAUGGCCCCGUCCAUCGUCCCUUUGAUGCGGUGAAGUUGUCCUGUCCCCUUAGCAGAAAAACACCCCCAAAGCAUAAUGUUUCCACCUCCAUGUUUGAUGGUGGGGAUGGUGUUCUUGGGGUCAUAGGCAGCAUUCCUCCUCCUCCAAACACGGAGAGUUGAGUUGAUGCCAAAGAGCUCAAUUUUGGUCUCAUCUGACCACAACACUUUCACCCAGUUCUCCUCUGAAUCAUUCAGAUGUUCAUUGGCAAACUUAAGACGGCCCUGUAUAUGUGCUUUCUUGAGCAGGGGGACCUUGCGGGCGCUGCAGGAUUUCAGUCCUUCACGGCGUAGUGUGUUACCAAAUGUUUUCUUGGUGACUAUGGUCCCAGCUGCCUUGAGAUCCUCCCGUGUAGUUCUUGGCUGAUUCCUCACCGUUCUCAUGAUCAUUGCAACUCCACGAGGUGAGAUCUUGCAUGGAGCCCCAGGCCGAGGGAGAUUGACAGUUAUUUUGUGUUUCUUCCAUUUGCAAAUAAUCGCACCAACUGUUGUCACUUUCUCACCAAGCUGCUUGGCGAUGGUCUUGUAGCCCAUUCCAGCCUUGUGUAGGUCUACAAUCUUGUCCCUGACAUCUUUGGAGAGCUCUUUGGUGUUGGCCAUGGUGGAGAGUUUGGAAUCUGAUUGAUUGAUUGCUUCUGUGGACAGGUGUCUUUUAUACAGGUAACAAACUGAGAUUAGGAGCACUCCCUUUAAGAGUGUGCUCCUAAUCUCAGCUCGUUACCUGUAUAAAAGACACCUGGGAAACAGAAAUCUUUCUGAUUGAGUGGGGGUCAAAUACUUACUUCCCUCAUUAUAAUGCAAAUCAAUUUAUAACAUUUUUGACAUGCGUUUUUCUGGAUUUAUUUGUUGUUAUUCUGUCUCUCACUGUUCAAAUAAACCUACCAUUAAAAUUAUAGACUGAUCAUUCUUUGUCAGUGGGCAAACAUACAAAAUCAGCAGGGGAUCAAAUACUUGUUUCCCUCACUGUACAUUGAUGUCAGAGUGAUUAGAGUGACAAUAGAGUGCUGAGUACCAGGCAGUUAGCAAGUUUGGUAGGCUACUAAUGACCAGCAGCAUCAGAGCUUGGAGAAGCCCAAUUACCGUGACUAAACGGUGAUGUGGAAUUUGACUGCCUUCAUGACUCGUGACCGCCGGUGUGGCGGUAGAACGGUCACCGCAACAGCCCUAUCCAAGUCCUCUCAAUCACAGUUGACAACUCUACGCUGUCCCCUUCCCAGAGUGCAAAGAACUUUGGAGUGACCCUGGACAACACCCUGUCGUUCUCUGCAAACAUCAAAGCAGUGACUCGCUCAUGCAAGUUCAUGCUCUACAACAUCCAUAGAGUACGACCUUUCCUCACGCAGGAAGAGGCACUUGUCAUCUCCCGUCUGGACUACUGCAACUCUGUUGACUGGGCUCCCCGCUUGUGCCAUCAAACCCCUGGAACUUAUCCAGAACGCCUCAGCCCACUUGAUAUUCAACCUUCCCAAGUUCUGUCAUGUCACCCCUCUCCUCUGCACACUCCACUGGCUUCCAGUCAAAGCUUGCAUCCACUACAAGACCAUGGAACUGCCCCUCCGUACCUUCAGGCUAUUGUCAAACCCUACACCCAAACCCUGAGCACUCCGUUCUGCCACCUCUGGUCUCCUGGCCGUCCCACCACUACAGGGGGUCAGCUCCCUUUUAGCCCAGUCAAACGUCUUCACUGUCCUGGCACCCCAAUGGUGGAAGGGAGGGGCAGUUCCACCAUUGGGGUGCCAGGACAGAGAAGACGUUUGACUGGGGUCUGGAGACUCUGCCCAUCUUCUGAAAAUGUCUGAAACCCCACCUCUUCAAAGAGUAUCUUAAAUAAGACAUCUCUUAUCCCCCCCCCCCCCCCCCCCCCCCCAACUGAUGUUGGUCAUUUCAUGUUUUGAAAGCACUUAUAUUGAAACAGAGGCAGAGGUCAUUAGAGGAGUAUGUCUUAAAAGAGAACCAGCACAUUUUUGUUGCCCAAAAGUCACAUUUUGAAUCAAUGAUUUUGCAAAAGUUUUUAGUGAUGUCAUCUCGAAAAGAAUUUCACAAAGAACAACUCCAGGUUGAUUCAUCCCAGCAAAGCCAACCAUCUGACCAUCCUUACCAACCCUGUGUUGCAGGUCGAGUGUGGUAGCCAAUCAGCAGUCAGUGUCCCAGGAGGAGCUCUGCAGCGCCUCCGACAGGCAGGAGCCUUACACUGUGGCGGAGUCAGGCUCAGGUUCAGGGCCAGGGGUCGGAGUGUUUGAGAUGGCCAAGGAGACUAGGUACUGUGUGGUCUGCAGCGACUAUGCCUCCGGGUACCACUACGGAGUUUGGUCCUGCGAGGGCUGCAAAGCCUUCUUCAAAAGGAGCAUCCAAGGUAAGCCUCUCAUCCCUACUACUAUAUUCCACGUCACUUCCAAACAUUUAUCUCCUUCUAUUCACUGUAUCAGUGGUCCUGAGUGCAUCCUAACAUUUAAAAUGAAUAUCUAAGCCCUCUUAGCAAUAAGGGUGCCACAAAUAUAGCACAGAAUUCCCCAUUCAUCACUGUACUCUAUUAAAAGUUUGUAAAAGUGAUGAGCGUGUAACUCAUCUGACUGCCACCCAACGUUCCCUCUAAGCUGCGCGCUAGCAGUAGCCCCGCGAAGCUCCCCCAGCACUGCCGUGCAGAAAUAUCAGCCCACAGAGAGAAGCACGAGAUUGAACUUCACUCAACUUUCUAGAGCAGUGGUCACGUCGAUCUCCAAGGCAUUCCUAGCCAAACAUUUUAGUGAAAAAAACGAACGAUAAAGCCUUGUGUUCCUAUUUUUUCCUGUUGCCAGUAGGUGUACCCGAAUCAGCUGCCCUGUGCGCUGGGUAGGCGAACUGUUGCCAUUUUGAACCAUUUGAUGUAUCCGAAGGUACAAACUCUGCCAUCCUGGCAGGCCCAGAGAGCAAAUCAAGUGCACUAUAGGGCUACCACUUGCCAACCGGAUGGCUCAGAUUAUUGUGUCUGCAGUAACAUAACAGGCAUAACAGCAAAAUUGAUACUGUGAGAUUUCAAAACGUUUAAAACCAUGACUAGAGAGAGACUAUCAACAAAUACAGCAAAGAGCUGCUGUUUUUAUGAGUGAGUUCCAGUGGAGGCUGCUGAGGGGAGGACAGCUCAAAAUAAUGGCUGGACAGAGUUAAUGGAAUGGCAUCAAACACAUGGAAACUAUGUGUUUGAUGUAUUUGAUACCAUUCCAUGAAUUCCGCUCCAUCCAUUAAAAUAAGCCCGUCCUCCCCAAUUAAGGUGCCACCAACCUCCUGUGGUGAGUUUAUGUUUAAGUUCUUACUCAGCACUGUCAACACUUUGUAUUCAACACUUUUAAAAGCCAAAAAAUGCAUGUUCUUUCUAUAUCCACUCAGCGCUACAACAAGCACUGCAGCAAUAAUGAAUGAGUAGGAAAGUGUAUCUUUGGGCUUGCAUUGUUAUUAUUAGCGGCUUGGGUCUUUUUUUAAUAUCGAGGCAUAUAACAUUUUUCUCAUAGGAGUAACAACAUGAAUUUUUGCAAGAGGCAAAAAGAAUGUGGUGUGACUCGAGUUUCGCCAUCAGCUGGAAGACGGUGUCCCUUUUUGGUUAUUGUCAGUGGAGGAAAGGGACAUGCACUGCUCAGCCCGUACUCUACACAGACCAGUGCGGCAUAAACAAUCAGAGCUGCAGUAGGCCUUUAUGCAAAUAGACCAUUAACAUAUAUGGAUCUGUGCCAUUUACUUUGAACUGGAUUGUGUUUACAGCAUGAGCGGUCGUGAGUAGAUGUGCUUGUUUUGAGAUCAAAGCGAGAGCUGCUUGUAGCCACGUGUGCACAUUUAGUUCAUAUCCUUUGCUAGUUAGUGAGUUAUUAGCCCAGUUAUAGAUCAUUUGUAGUCAGCAAUAGGGGAGUGAUUGCUUCCUACAAGAGCACAAAACGUGUACAUUUCUAGACAUCUUUGAAAAGCGAGUCAGGUAAAGAGCUUUUUUUUUUGUCUUAAAGGGGCAGUGUUGUAUUUUGAGACAGGCUUGAAUAAGCUAAUUAGCCAAUAGGCAGAGGGUAGCAUAAUUUGUCUGAUUCUCUGUAAUAAUGGUAUGAGAAUAAUAAUGCAUUUUAUUUUGUAAAUUGGUUUCUUGCAUCAAAAAACACAACAGCAUUUUCAGUCACCUCCUUGUCUGAAGGACAAGUGGAUAAACAGGUUAAUGUCAAGCCCUGCAUGUUUUUUUCAAAAUUCUCAUGGAAUGUAGGCCUACAUAGAACAUCACACAUUGCCUGCUACUGUAGGCUGAAUGAUAGAACAGCUAUUUCCAUGUUAAAAUGUUAUGGGAUGCGUUUUCUCCAUUGUUUUUGCUGGUAGGCCACUCUGGUAGGCACACAUUAUGAUCAAAUAGCCACAGUAGCACACAUGGCCACUGUUAAAACUGUAUCUCAAAGGGGGUACAGCCUCAGUGUUUCACAGUAAACACGCUCUGGAAGUUGCACAGAAUUUUCACAAUUCUAUUUUAUGACUUUGUGGCUGUGCCAGCUAGUGACCACUCUGUAGAGCUGCCUCAAGAAUAAGAUUCAUGACCAAAAACGCCAACCUGCUCAUUUUCAGCUCUUAUUAUAAGCUGUUCAGAAGGUGAGGGCACAUUAGUAUUAUUGCGAAACCAACCUUGACGUUGGCUGUUAGUUGUUCCUGAUUCCCAGCCAGCUUCAGACCUCUUAGAGAGAAGACCAUCGAAGUGUAACUGUCAUUUACCAGGACCACUUUAGUGCUAUUGCUGAAGGUACACUGGGUGUAUAGAAGGAACUAAACAAAGAGAACAGAAAGACUGAAUUAAGGGAAAAGAUGUCAUAACAUUCCUUUCUUAUCUGAAUGAGAAUGAGGGUCUAUAGCUUUUUUUGCAAGUGUCUUGUGUAGGAGGUCUUAUGCCAUAGAUGUAGACAGUUUUCAUCAAUAUUGAAAUAGAAAACAUUGUAAAACCAUAUUCUAAUGUUCUUUCAAAGUUGAAUAGGCUGUCCUAGGUAGCGGAGUUCAUUUUACCUUGUAAGGCAGAGGAAUCUUAAAUUACAUUUCAGGAUGUUUCGAGAGGGUGGACAUCACACAACAAAAUACACAUAAUCAGAACAUCGUAGAUACUACAUUUGAAUUCCCUCUAUGCCAGAGAGAUAUGAAAAAACUGGUGUUCCUCUCUGUCAUAUAACAUCAACCUGUGUGCCAGUCCCAGUGACUGGAUCACAAUAAUGUUUUAUUCCAGGUCACAAUGACUACAUGUGCCCUGCGACCAAUCAGUGCACCAUCGACAGGAACCGUAGGAAGAGCUGCCAGGCAUGCCGCCUCAGAAAGUGUUACGAAGUGGGCAUGAUGAAAGGAGGUGAGUAAGGGAACACAAUGGUGCACACACACACACACACACACACACACACACACACACACACACACACACACACACACACACACAGCUUACAGUUUGGUUUGGCUUGCCUCAGUAGUGUGGAAAGGGUAGUAUCAGUUAAGACUGCUUGAUACUGAAAGGACAGGCGGUGUGUGGCUAAGCAUUGUGUGUGCAGAUAAAAUAGAGACUGAUUUUACCAUGGCCUUGAACCACUUUUCUCUGAUGGAGGUAGAGGGUUGAUUAGUAGUUUCUUCAUGCAGUCGCAAAAACCAUCAUGCGCUAUGAUGAAACUGGCUCUCAUGAGGACCGCCACAGGAAUGGAAGCCGCAGAGUUACCUCUGCUGCAGAGGAUACGUUCAUUAGAGUCAACUGCACCUCAGAUUGCAGCCCAAAUAAACGUUUCACAAAGUUCAAGUAACAAACACAUCUCAACAUCAACUAUUCAGAGGAGACAGCGUGAAUCAGGCCUUCAGGGUCGAAAUGCUGCAAAGAAACCACUACUAAAGGACACCAAUAAUAAGAAGAGACUUGCUUGGGCCGAGAAACACGAGCUAUGGACAUUAUACCGGUGGAAAUAUGUCCUUUGGUCUGAUCCAACCGCUGUGUCUUUGUGAGACGCAGAGUAGGUGAACGGAUGAUCUACGCAUGUGUGGUUCCCACCGUGAAGCAUGGAAGAGGAGGUGUGAUGGUGUGGGGGUGCUUUGCUGGUGACACUGUCAGUGAUUUAUUUAGAAUUCAAGGCACACUUAACCAGCAUGGCUGCCACAGCAUUCUGCAGCGUAUCACAUCUGGUUUGCGCUCAGUGGGACUAUAAUUUGUUAUUCAUCAGGACAAUGACCCAACACAACUCCAGGCUAUGUAAGGGCUAUUUGACCAAGGAGAGUGAUGGAGUGUUUAUCAGAUGACCUGGCCUUCACAAUCAACCGACCUCAACCCAAUUGAGAUGGUUUGGGAUGAGUUGGACCGCAGAGUGAAGGAAAAGCAGCCAACAAGUGCUCAGCAAAUGUGGGAACUCCUUCAAGACUGUUGGAAAAGCAUUCCUCAUGAAGCUGGUUGAGAAAAUGCUAAGAGUGUGCAAAGCUGUCAUCAAGGCAAAGGGUGGCUACUUUGAAGAAUCUAAAAUAUAUUUUGAUUUGUUUUACACUUUUUUGGUUACUACAUGAUUCCAUAUGUGUGAUUUCAUAGUUUUGAUGUAUUCACUAUUAUUCUACAAUGUAGAAAAUAUAAAAAAUAAAGAAAAACCCUUGAAUGAGUAGGUGUGUCAAAACUUUUGACUGGUACUGUAUGUGUGUGUGUGCAUGCGUGUGUGGUCUUUACUAACUCUACUCUAAACCCCAGGCUUGCGGAAGGACCGCGGUGGGCGGGUUCUCCGGAGGGAUAAGCGGCGUUGUGACCCUGCUGGUGACAACAGUGUCCUGGAGCACAGCACAGCGCCCCCUCAGGAUAGUAGCAGGAACAGCAGCAGCAGCCUCGGUGGUGGAGGAGGAGGAGGAGGGGGCGGGCCCAGGAUCACCAUGCCUCCUGAACAGGUCUGAAAAUGUCAUUGGCUUCCUCCAUUUCAUAUAUCUCCAAUGUAGCCACUUUCACAAAGCAACAGUCCUAAACAAGUCAGUUAAUAUAAAUUAACACGUAAGUGGAAACACAAAGUAACACACAAAGUACCAGGAUCAUUAUCUUACUCGCAGGCAAUCAUAACCACGGGUAAAAUUGGCAGUGAAUGCGUGGUGCCAUACUUCCUGCUCUCCUCCCCCAGGUGCUGUUCCUGCUGCAGGGUGCGGAGCCUCCAGCCCUGUGUUCUAGUCAGAAGUUGGCCCGCCCCUACACAGAGAUCACCAUGAUGACCCUGCUCACCAGCAUGGCUGACAAGGAGCUGGUGCACAUGAUCGCCUGGGCUAAGAAAGUACCAGGCAAGAACCUAACACGGCACAGAAAUUAUACUGUAUACGAUGUCGUAAUGUAACAUUGUCAUUACACCAUCUAGAUGUUACUAGGCAGAGAAGUAAAAUCACUCCAACAAGGCUUCAAUAGUACUAAUUUUCUCUCUCACACACACACAGACAGACACACACACAAAAUACACACACACACAGAGUAGACCCUUACGCACUCCAAGACUACAGCCUUCACACGGCUGCUUACGCAACCACUCUCCUCCUAUGGUGGCAGGCCUUGGUAGUGACAGUGACCGGGUGCUGAGGUUGUACACACGCACACACACACUGGGACAUUACAGGCAUUAUGUUGAUGAUUACAGUCACCACCUCAGAAAGGGUUAUUUGGGCAAAUCCACUGCCACCCCAUGGAACCUAACCGUAGUACAAAUACACACACACACACACACACACACACACACCUCCCCCCGACACUGUCCCAGUGUGCGUCACUAUGAGCACGAAAGCACACAGUUUUAGGAGUCUUUAGCCGGGUACAGAGAGGAAAAAUGGAAGGGAAUGGGAUGUAAUUGGAUAUGAAUUAGGACAGCUGAGUUGUGCUGAUAAGGACCCACUCCAGCAAAGGGAUUGCAGAUUGGCCAAUUCACAAUGGCUGUUGUGUGGCAAGGUUGUAAGAAGUUUGAAGCAUAGCAUUUAUCUUUACCUAAGAAUUCAGAUCAAAGAAAAACGUUAUGCUGGAAAGAUACAACUAUCACAUGAUAACAUACAUAUUGAAAUGUUUCAACCAGAAGCUUCAACCAGUGGUCCAGUCAAUCACAGAUUAAAGGAAAUUAUCACUUUCAUUACUUUGCAAUUGCAGUGUGUGCGGGAGCUUCUUUCCUUUGAAUGACAAUUUUACUAUUACUAUUAAUAUGUGAUGUGGCCAUCUUAAAGUGGUUGAAUGGACUAGUGGUUAAUGUAUGGUCGAUAGUGGGUUUAUAUAUGGUUUGACCACAGUGUGACCGUGUCUUUGGUACUGGUAGGUUUCCAGGAGCUGUCUCUCCAUGACCAGGUGCAGUUGCUUGAGAGUUCCUGGCUGGAGGUGCUGAUGAUCGGACUCAUUUGGAGGUCCAUCCACUGCCCUGGGAAACUAAUCUUCGCCCAGGACCUCAUACUGGACAGGUGGGUACAUACACACAUAAAAUAUAUUGUAUGAGACAAAAAUCAACAUUGUAGAUGUCCACUUUGCAUCUUGUCUGUGUACCUCUACUAAAGGCCAUGUCACAAUGAGUCUAAUUAUGAUGUUCCCCAUGGAGAAAGAAACACACUGUCUCACCUGCACAAGUCACCGUCAUUACACAUUAACGUUGGCAGAGAGGAGUGAAAUGUAAUCAAAAUGGUGACUCUUGGGAAAGAUGGAAAAAGCAUGCGAGACAGCAUGAGAGGAAGGGGGGAAAGAGAGGGCGUAUUUUGCACGCACAGCCUGUUCCUUCCAUUUCCACCCACCAUGUUCAAAGUAAACAAGUUGCACAGAGCUGCAGACCCUUCCUAAGGCGAAAGAGGGAGAGGAUUAAAUGAAAGAAGGAGAGAGGAAGAUGGGCUGUUACUCUCUCUCUCUUUGAUGUCUGUGAUGUUCCCAUUUGAUCUGAGUUGUUUUCUAGAGCAUUACUUCUGAAACCAGGUCUAUAGCUACUAGACACUUUGACAUGAGGAGUAAAAUGGUGCAGGAGAGGUGGGAAGGCUGUUGGAGUUAGGGGGCAACUAUCAAACUUAUUCUAAAUGGCUGCUCUUCAGAAAUACUGUAUGAUUAUUGCUCUUCCCCUGACCACCAUCUCUGGUCCAGUGCUGCAGUCACUCAGAGUUUCACUGUACUUUACUUAUGUCUCAUUCUGAGCCAUAUGGAAAAUAAUCAUUAAAAACAUAUAAGGAUGUUGAAUGGCAGAAGAAGAUUAUUUGUACAAAAAUCUAAUUUGUAGCCUAUCUGGUAAGAUUUUGUAUGUUUUACCUUAUAUGUCAGUAGUGUAUUUGUAUAUGUGUUAACUUACACUGAGUAUACAAAACAUUAAGAACACCUGCUCUUUCCAUGAUAGACUGACCAGGUGAAAGCUAUGAUCCCUUAUUGAUUUCACUUGUUAAAUCCACUUCAAACAGUGUAGAUGAUUGGUAGUUACAGUCUUGUCCCAUUGCUGCAACUCCGGUAUGGACUCGGGAGAGGCCAAGGUCGAGAGCCAUGCGUCCUCCAAAACACAACCCUGCCAAGCCGCACUGCUUCUUGACACACUGUUCGCUUAACCCGGAAGCCAGCCGCACAAAUGUGUCAGAGGAAACACUGUACAACUGGCGACCGUGUCAGAGUGCAUGCGCCCUGCCACAGGAGUCGCUAGAGCGCGAUGGGACUAGGACAUCCCGGCCAGCCAAACCAUCUCCUAACCCACACGACGAUGGGCCAAUUGUGCGCCGCCUCAUGGGUCUCCCGGUUGCAGCUGCCUGCGACACAGCAGAUCAAACCCGGGUCUGUAGUGAUGCCUCAAGCACUGCGAUACAGUGACUUAGACCGCUGCGCCACUCGGGAGGCCAAAAUAAGGAUUUUAAGCCUCGAGACAGUUGAGACAUGGAUUGUGUAUGUGUGCCAUUGAAGACAAAACAUUUAAGUGCUUUUAAACAGGGCGCACUGGUUUUUGUCAAGAACUGCAACACUGCUGGGUUUUUCACGCUCAACAGUUUCCUGUGUGUUUCAAGAAUUGUCCACCACCAAAAGGACAUCUAGCCAACUUGACACAACUGUGGGAAGCAUUGGAACGCUUUCAACAACUUGUAGAGUCCAUGCCCCGAUGAAUUGAGGCUGUUCUGAGUGGGGACGAGGAAACUCAAUAUUAGGAAGGUGAUCCUAAUGUUUGGUAUACUCUGUGUACAGUCGUGGUCAAAAGUUUUGAGAAUGACACUAGUAUUGGUCUUCACAAAGUUUGCUGCUUCAGUGUUUUUAGAUAUUUUUGUCAGAUGUUACUAUGGUAUACUGAAGUAUAAUUACAAGCAUUCCAUAAGUGUCAAAGGCUUUUAUUGACAAUUACAUUAAGUUUAUGCAAAGAGUCAAUAUUUGCAGUGUUGACCCUUCUUUUUCAAGACCUCUGCAAUUCACCCUGGCAUGCUGUCAAUUAAGUUCUGGGCCACAUCCUGACUGAUAGCAGCCCAUUCUUGCAUAAUCAAUGCUUGGAGUUUCUCCGAAUUUGUGGGUUUUUGUUUGUCCACCUGCCUCUUGAGGAUUGACCACAAAUUCUCAAUGGGAUUAAGGUCUGGGGAGUUUCCUGGCCAUUGACCCAAAAUUUGUUUUGUUCCCCGAGCCACUUAGUUAUCACUUUUGCAUUAUGGCAAGGUGCUCCAUCAUGGUGGAAAAGGCAUUGUUCGUCACCAAACUGUUCUUGGAUGGUUGGGAGAAGUUGCUCUUGGAGGAUGUGUUGGUUUGGUACCCUUCUUUAUUCAUGGCUGUGUUCUUAGGCAAAAUUGUGAGUGAGCCCACUCCCUUGGCUUAGAAGCAACCCCACACAUGAAUGGUCAAAGGAUGCUUUACUGUUGGCAUGACACAGGACUGAUGGUAGCGCUCACCUUGUCUUCUCCGGACAAGCUUUUUUCCGGAUGCCCCAAACAAUCGGAAAGGGGAUUCAUCAGAGAAAAUGACUUUACCCCAGUCCUCAGCAGUCCAAUCCCUGUACCUUUUGCAGAAUAUCAGUCUGUCCCUGAUGUUUUUCCUGGAGAGAAGUGGCUUCCUCGCUGCCCUUCUUGACACCAUGCCAUCCUCCAAAAGUCUUCGCCUCACUGUGCAUGCAGAUGCACUCACACCUGCCUGCUGCCAUUCCUGAGCAAGCUCUGCACUGGUGGUGCCCCGAUCCCGCAGCUGAAUCAACUUUAGGAGAUGGUCCUGGCGCUUGCUGGACUUUCUUGGGCGCCCUGACGCCUUCUUCACAACAAUUGAACCUCUCUCCUUGAAGUGCUUGAUGAUCCGAUAAAUGGUUGAUUUAGGUGCAAUCUUACUAGCAGUAAUAUCCAUGCCUGUGAAGCCCUUUUUGUGCAAAGCAAUGAUGACGGCACAUGUUUCCUUGCAGGUAACCAUGGUUAACAGAGGAAGAACAAUGAUUUCAAGCACCACCUUCCUUUUAAAGCUUCCAGUCUGUUAUUCUAACUCAAUCAGCAUGACAGAGUGAUCUCCAGCCUUGUCCUCGUCAACAAUCUCACCUGUGCUAACGAGAGAAUCACUGACAUGAUGUCAGCUGGUCCUUUUGUGGCAGGGCUGAAAUGCAGUGGAAAUGUUUUUUGGGGAUUAAGUUCAUUUUCAUGGCAAAGAGGGACUUUGCAAUUAAUUGCAAUUCAUCUGAUCACUCUUCAUAACAUUCUGGAGUAUAUGCAAAUUGGCAUCAUAAAACCUGAGGCGGCAGACUUUGUGAAAAUUCAUAUUUAUGUCAUUCUCAAAACUUUUGACCACGACUGUAUAUGCCUUAUAUGACAUACACAAUUCGCUACAUGAUUUUCAGCUUCCAGGAAUUGUGUACAGAUCCUUGUGACUUGGGGCCUUGCAUUAUCAUGCUGAAACAUGAGGUGAUGGCGGCGGAUGAAUGGCACAACAAUGGGCCUCAGGACCUCGUCACGGUAUCUCUGUGUAUUGAAAUUGCCAUCGGUAAAAUUAAAUUGUGUUCGUUGUCUGUAGCUUAUGCUUACCCAUACCAUAACCCCACCAUGGGGCACUUUGUUCACAACGUUGACAUCAGCAAACCGCUCGCCCACACGACCACAUACACGUGGUCUGCCAAAUUUUCUAAAACAACGUUGGAGGCAGCUUAUGACGGCUCAAUUCUCUGGCAACAGCUCUGGUGGACAUUCCUGCAGUCAGAAUGCCAAUUGCACGGUCCCUCAAAACUUGAGACAUCUGUGGUAUUGUGUUGUGUGAGAAAACUGCACAUUUUAGAGUGGCCUUUUAUUGUCCCUAGCACAAGGUGCACCUGUGUAUUGAUCAUGCUGUUUAAUCAGCUUCUUAAUAUGCCACACCUGUCAGGUGGAUGGAUUAUCUUGGCAAAAGUGAAAUGCUCACUAACAGGGAUGUAAACAAAUUUGUGCACAUCAUUUGAGAGAAAUAAGCUUUUUGUGCGUAUGGAACAUUUCUGGGAUCUUUUAUUUCAGCUCAUGAAUCAUGGGACCAACACUUUACAUGUUGCGUUUAUAUUUUUGUUCAGUGCAUAAGAAAAGUGUAUGUUCUGACAAUGUAACUUCUACAAAAUAAAUGCUUUUCUUAUAGGUUUCACAUUGUUUUUAUAAGUCAACAUAUAAAAAAAACAUGACAAUUACUAUAUUUGUAUAUACAUUUUCAGGUAUGAGUUUCCAUUGUUAAGGCAUCUCCUACUGGACAGUUGAUUUAUCUACAGCUAUGCCUUUGGUCUCCCAUCCAGGGUUUUAACCAAGCCCUGCUUAGCUUUGAUAUUUGUCACUUACUUUUAGCAAUGUGCUAUCGUGAGAUUAAUUGUUGAGGGAUCUCCACAUAAUAAUGAAAUAGAUUCACUGCUGCUAUCGAAGUCAUUCCUCUCCUCCCCCUCCUACUUCGCAUCCCCCUCUUUUCCCCCUUCUCUCCACCUCCUCUCCUCCCCAUCUUUCUCCCCCUCCUCCUCUCCUCCCCCUCUUCUCCCCCUCUUCUUCCUCCUCCUCCUCCUCCUCUCCUUCUGCUUUCCUCUUUCCUCCUGCUCCUCCUCGUGGCAGACUUAGCUGCUUUCUUCAAUAAGUGUGACGUUGCGUGCAUCUCUGACAUCAGACAGUGCUAUGCAAGUGCUUUGAAAUGUGUAUGUCCCAUGUAUGUGAGACCUUAGCAGGCUUAGCUUACAUGUCUCUUGUAUGUUUUUAUACAAUACAUGCAGCAUUUAUGUUAUGUCUACAUGUUACCCACCCAUAUAAGUCAGAUAUUACAAGAAUCUAAUAUGAAUCUUGUAUGUGUAUUUGCUGCCAUAUGUAUUACAUACAAGUUCCAGGUAAAACAUACAGGAAUCUUGUUAAAUUCUUCUCUAUCUUUUCCAUAUGGGGAUCUUUGACCUCCAGGAGUGAAGGGGACUGUGUGGAGGGCAUGGCUGAGAUCUUUGACAUGCUCCUGGCCACUGUGUCUCGCUUCCGCAUGCUCAAACUAAAGCCUGAGGAGUUUGUGUGUCUCAAAGCCAUCAUCUUGCUUAACUCUGGUGAGUGUGUUUGUGUGUUAUUAUAAGCUGUUAAAGAUGCUUUGCUUAGUAUGUUUUGUGGUUGUGAGUGUGACAUGAGUUCAAUCCUGGGUUAGCCUUGGCUGGGAUUGAGAAUCUUACAAGUGUGUGUGAUACAAAAACAUCUCCAUUAAGAUUUUGUUGUCCACUCACAAAUAUGUUUUUUCUGUUUGGGGCAGAUUCCGACCCGAGUUAAGUGUGCAUAAAUGGAACAAAAUUCCCAUUUCAUGCACAUUUCUCUCUUCGCGUAUUCUGACCUUGAAUUUAAGCAUGAGAAUAGCAUGCCAUUCACCCGCUGUUCGUUUUGGGUGGAGAUGAAAGAAAUGAGGUUGUGUUGGUGUGUAUAGAUAUGCUGUAUUCUGACCUUGACUUAAUUCCCUCAUAAUUCCACCAACUUUACUGGUGACGAAACAAUGAAUAAGGUCGAGUAACCUGUCGGUUCCAAGUGGAACAACAUCUACUUUCCUUUUUCCUAUAGAAAUAACACCAUUCUACAUGCACUGUACAAAUUGAGAAGAGCUAUUGAUAAGAGCUAGGUAAAUGAGUAAGUUUGGAUAAGGGGAUUGUAAAUAUAAAUGUUAUUUUUAGAUCUAUUUUACUGUACGGUCACUGGAGACAAAUGUGAAGCCAGUCAUGUGGCAGCAAACUGAAGCAUAUCAACAUAUCACCUUUAAAAAAUUUUACAGUGACGUUUAUGAAAUGCUGGCCUUGCAGGAUGACAUUUGGAGACCCAACCUAUAGGCUUCUGUAGCCAUGCGCAAAUGACAGUAUAACGCCAAACCUACCGAGUUGAUAUGUGAUUUCACUCAAUUUUUUACAAUUUGUAUCUUGUUAAAUAUUAGCCACUAUCGCUAGCAACCUUCAGUUAUACCCACAUAGGCCUUCAUUUAUAACUGUCACUUUAGUGUUAGUUUCCUUACAUUUUGCAUCAUUCCAUUCCAUAGUUUACCUUUCCUUCCUCUGUCACAUUCAUGUGGUUGUUCCUGAGGAUCGCUAGCAAUAGUGGAUCAUAUUUAUUUUAUUUUUAUUUUUUAUUUAACCUUUAUUUAACCAGGUAAACCAGUUGAGAACCAGUUCUCAUUUACAACUGCGACCUGGCCAAGAUAAAGCAAAGCAGUGCGAUAAAAACAACAACACAGAGUUACAUAUGGGGUAAAACAAAACAUAAAGUAAAGAAUACAACAGAAACUAUAUAUACAGUGUGUGCAAAUGUAGCAAGUUAUGGAGGUAAGGCAAUAAAUAGGCCAUAGUGCAAAAUAAUUACAAUUAGUAUUAACACUGGAAUGAUAGAUGUGCAAAAGAUGAUUUGCAAAUAGAGAUAUUGGGUGCAAAUGAGCAAAAUAAAUAACAAUAUGGCGAUGAGGUAGUUGGGUGGGCUAAUUUCAGAUGGGCUGUGUACAGGUGCAGUGAUCGGUAAGGUGCUCUGACAACUGAUGCUUAAAGUUAGUGAGGGAGAUAAGAGUCUCCAGCUUCAGAGAUUUUUGCAGUUCGUUCCAGUCAUUGGCAGCAGAGAACUGGAAGGAAUGGCGGCCAAAGGAGGUGUUGGCUUUGGGGAUGACCAGUGAGAUAUACCUGCUGGAGCGCAUACUACGGGUGGGUGUUGCUAUGUUGACCAAUGAGCUAAGAUAAGACAGGGAUUUGCCUAGCAGUGAAUUAUAGAUGGCCUGGAGCCAGUGGGUUUGGCGACGAAUAUGUAGUGAGGACCAGCCAACAAGAGCGUACAGGUCACAGUGGUGGGUAGUAUAUGGGGCUUUGGUGACAAAAUGGAUGGGACUGUGAUAGACUACAUUCAAUUUGCUGAGUAGAGUGUUGGAGGCUAUUUUGUAAAUGACAUCGCCGAAGUCAAGUAUCGGUAGAAUAGUCCGUUUUACGAGGGCAUGUUUGGCUUUGUUGAGAAAUAGGAAGCCGAUUCUAGAUUUAACUUUGGAUUGGAGAUGCUUAAUGUGAGUCUAGAAGGAGAGUUUACAGUCUAACCAGACACCUAGGUAUUUAUAGUUGUCCACAUACUCUAGGUCAGUCCCGUCGAGAGUAGUGAUUCUAGUCGGGUGGGCGGGUGCCAGCAGCGUUCGAUUGAAGAGCAUGGAUUUAGUUUUACUAGUGUUUAAGAGCAGUUUGAGGCUACGGAAGGAGUGUUGUAUGGCAUUGAAGCUCGUUUGGAGGUUUGUUGACACAGUGUCCAAUGAAGGGCCAGAUGUAUACAAAAUGGUGUCGUCUGCGUAGAGGUGGAUCUCAGAGUCACCAGCAGCAAGAGCGACAUCAUUGAUAUACACGAAGAAAAUAGUCGGCCCAAGAAUUGAACCCUGUGGCACCCCUAUAGAGACUGCCAUAGGUCCAGACAACAGGCCCUCCGAUUUGAUACAUUGAACUCUAUCUGAUAAGUAGUUGGUGAACCAGGCGAGGCAGUCAUUUGAGAAACCAAGGCUAUUUAGUCUGCCAAUAAGAAUGCGGUGGUUGACAGAGUCGAAAGCCUUGGCCAGGUCGAUGAAGACGGCUGCACAGUACUGUCUAUUAUCGAUCGCGGUUAUAUUAUUGUUUAGGACCUUGAGUGUGGCUGAUGUGCACCCAUGACCAGCUCGGAAACCGGAUUGCAUAGCGGAGAAUGUACGGUGUGAUUCUAAAUGGUCGGUGAUCUGUUUGUUAACUUGGCUUUCAAAAACUUUCGAAAGGCAGGGCAGGAUGGAUAUAGGUCUGUAACAGUUUGGAUCUAGAGUGUCACCCCCUUUGAAGAGGGGGAUGACCGCGGCAGCUUUCCAAUCUCUGGUGAUCUCAGACGUUACGAAAGAGAGGUUGAACAGGCUAGUAAUAGGGGUUGCGACAAUUUCGGCGGCUCAUUUUAGAAAGUAAGGGUCCAGAUUGUCUAGCCCAGAUGAUUUGUAGGGGUCCAGAUUUUGCAGCUCUUUCAGAACAUCAGCUGUCUGAAUUUGUGUGAAGGAGAAGCGGGGGGUCAUGGGCAAGUUGCAGCGGAGGGUGCAGAGCUGGUGGCCGGGGUAGUGGUAGCCAGGUGGAAAGCAUGGCCAGCCGUAGCAAAAUGCUUGUUGAAAUUCUCGAUUAUUGUAGAUUUAUCGGUGGUGAUAGUGUUUCCUAGCCUCAGUGCAGUGGGCAGCUGGGAGGAGGUGCUCUUAUUCUCCAUGGACUUUACAGUGUCCCAAAACGUUUUGGAGUUAGUGCUACAGGAUGCAAAUUUCUGUUUGAAAAAGCUAGCCUUUGCUUUCCUAACUGCUUGUGUUUAUUGGUUCCUAACUUCCCUGUAGAGUUGCAUAUCGCGGGGGCUAUUCAAUGUUAAUGCAGUACGCCACAGGAUGUUUUUGUGCUGGUCAAGGGCAGUCAACUCUGAGGAGAACCAGGGGCUAUAUCUGUUCUUAAGCUAACAUAUUAUAAUUUGUGCAUUAAUUUGGGACAUGUAGCCUAUUUGAAUCAUUAUGGAACGCAGACCAUAGGUAGCAGUUUAAACCUGGAGCCUGGCACACGGCGACUAGAAUGUUGUUAUCACAGUUCCAUGAUUAGUGCAGAUUAUUAGGGUAGAUUUAUAGGACUACUGUUCAACCCCUAUUGUACACUUUUGUCAUCUUCCAAUAUUUAAUGGCUUGAACAAUUGAAUAUGGAAACUUUCAGGAUGAAUCAUGCCACUAUAAUUUUGAUUCACCAAUAUAUUUUGUGCGUAAAGGCUCUUCAAACCAUUUUUUGAUUCAUUAUUCAUAAAUACUUUCAUAACCCUAAAUUAUAUACAAGGUCAGAGUAUUUUUAAAUCCACCAAUUGGUGCUGAAAAGGAGAUGAAUAUGUGUGUAUUUAUGCCUACAUGGCUUUCUUUCAUUGAUCCCUAAUAUUCUGAACCGUUCUCUCCAUAUAUUCUGAGUCUGUCGAGAAAAUUCUAAUUAAAAGGUACACCAAAUUUAAAGGGAUGGCUUUAGAUAAAUGUACUGAAAACCAUGUUGAAUGAAAACUAAACUAUAACGUCUGUUGGCCAGCAAGUGGGAGGGUUUUCAGUAGGUGAAUUACAUUUAUUCAGCACGCGCAAGGGAACCACGCCUGCAAAGCCCGUUUAAAUGUAAGUCUGAAUAGCAACUACUGAUAAGUGCGUAGGAAUGGCGUGAGUUAGAAAGAAGUAGUUUCCUAAGUCUGAAUCGGCCACUUUAUGAACAUAGAGUAGUAACUAAUGCAUUCUGUUGCCCAUUAGUAAAUGUUGAAGGGUGAACUCUGUUUUUAUGCCACUCAAGAGCGUUAGGUGUGAACAGAAUGAUCCCAAGUCCUUCUUUCUCAAUGUACCCCAUAAUUGUUACCAUGACAACUGGGCCUGCUGUUCUAUGUGUGUUGACUGAGCGAAACUCCUAUGUUUGUUUUGAUACUGACUAAUCUGUAAGAGACAUAAAUACCUGAGCAAUGGGUGCUGUUGCACGUUUCUGUGUAUGGCUUCCUGAUGUUCUUACUGAUUGCUGAGUUAGCAGUUGCUGCAUUGAGAACAUCAGGCUCUUCCCCUUUCCCUGUCUGUCUCUUUUUUUCUUUACUAAAACCCUUACAAAAUCAAUUUUAGGUACAAUAACCACUUCUCUGUCUCUCUCCUCAUCCCCUCUAGGUGCCUUCUCCUUCUGUUCUUACUCUGUGGAGUCCCUCCACAACAGCCAGGCGGUGCAAAGCAUGCUGGACAACAUCACUGACGCCCUCAUCCACCACAUCAGCCAAUCAGGAGCCUCGGUGCAGCAGCAGUCCAGACGGCAGGCCCAGCUCCUGCUCCUGCUCUCACACAUCAGACAUAUGAGGUGAGGAGGGCACUCUACGUAGGGGAGGAGCACAAAGGAGGGGGGAAGAGGAUAAGGGGAAUGUGGUUAGGAGACUGCUGUUUUUCUCACACGUCAGACACAUUAUAUGAGGAGUUCAAACUACACACGAGGGGGCACACACUCCUGAUGGUGUAAAUUCAGAUUCUGAAAGUGAAGAAGCAGGUUAGACCUAGGCAAAGGGAAUGUUCAUAUUAUCUGCCAGUUAUAUACAGUAUGAUCAUCACUUAUUUGGUUAUACCCAUAGAUUAUAUUUCUGUGGUUAUUAAUAUCCCCUCUCACUCCUCCUCUUCUCUCCUCUCUGUAGCAACAAAGGCAUGCAGCACCUGUACAGCAUGAAGUGUAAGAACAAAGUGCCUCUGUACGACCUGCUCCUGGAGAUGCUGGAUGCUCACCGGAUCCACUCCCCAGGCAAGGUGGCCCAAGCCUGGGGACAGGCCAAGGGGGAGCCCCUCUCUACCACCACUACCACCUCCAACGACUCCAGCAUAGGACCCAAGCGAGGCAACCAGGAUACCCAGCUCAGAAGCGUCAGUCCUGGGGUACUCCAGUAUGGCACUCCCCCCUCUGACAGGAGCCCCAUUCCA